AUGGCCUUCCGACACGUCGGGCCUAGUUCCCUGGAGCGUCGACAGCAGGUGGCCUGGGCCUGCGGCGCGGCCCCUCCGGGCCGCCGCCUAUCCACAAGCUCCAACGCCGUGCUGAGCAACACGACCAGCUUCCUGCGCAACUUGCACAACGGCGCCGAGGCUGGUAGGAGUGCAGCCGCGAUCUUCCUGGUGGGCACGGCGCACGUCAGCAAGCGGUCUUCGGAGGAGGUGCGCGACAUGAUCCGCCUGGUCAAGCCCGCCUCGGUGAUGGUGGAGCUGUGCCCGCAGCGUGCCGCACGCCUGCGCUCCGGCGCCGGCGACCACGACUUUGUCAAGCAAAUGCUGGCGUCCUUCACAUCUUCUGGCGGUAGCCUGGGCCAGCGGCUGGUCAAAGUUGGCCUGCCCAUGAUGUACCGGGGCCUGAAGGUUCUUGGCAUGGACCCGGGGGCGGAGUUCAAGGUGGCGCUGCAGGAGGCGGACCGCAUAGGCGCCAGGGUGGUGCACGGCGACCGAGACGUGCAGCGCACCCUGCAGCGGCUGUCGGAGACGGUGGACUGGCAGGACCUGCUGCGCUCCCUCCUAGACUUCUUCACGCAGCAGGGCAGCAGCAGCCUAGAGUCGCAGGCAAGGCAGGGCGCUUUGGUGGAGGCGAUGAAGACGCGGGCGGUGGUGCGGGACAUGUGCACCUACAUGCGCCAAGUCAACCCACGCAUGGCGGCGGCGCUCAUAGAUGAGCGCGACGAGCACAUGGUGGGUGAGCUGAGCCGGCUGGAGGGGCGGGUGGUGGGCGUGUUGGGCCUGGCGCACCUGGACGGCAUGGAGCGGCGCUGGGAGGCGCGCAUGUACAGCAGGCAGGCGCUGGCGGCGCCGCGGUAG